AUGUCUCAAUCUUCGAAUAAUAUAUGCGAUAUAGUCUUAGCAAGUGUUCCAGUAUAUGAACAGCAGAACAUGAAAACACUCAUUUAUCAGUUUAUUACAGGAGCAAUUACCCUUCAAGAAGCGAAAAAUCAAUCCAUUAAAAUCAUCGGAACAUCAUUUCCUAUUGAAAAUUUAUCGAACUUACUAAUUGUUGAUAACCAUCCUUUACCUUAUUGCGAGAGAGGCAAUUCAUACGAGAAAUCUGCAAAGAAAAUCAAAUCCUGGAAAUCAAUCGAAGAUCAACGGCUAAUUGCAGGAAUACAUAAAUACGGUCCCGAGGAUUGGAGUAACAUUGCAAAAUUUGUUGGCUCUGGGCGAACUACGGGUCAAUGUUCUCAGAGAUGGCUUCGUUCUCUAAAUCCACUCAUAAACAAAGGUCCAUGGACUCAAGAUGAAGAUUGCCGACUCAUGGAAUGCGUCAAAAAUUAUGGUGAUCAUUCCUGGACAAAAGUUGCCUCAACUUUAGUCGGAAGAACUGAUGUUCAAUGCCGCUACAGAUACCAACUUAUUGCAAAGAAAUAUCCAGCGGAUCUCGGAAUUACAUUAGAUGAAGUAAUAUCAAAAUUCUUCAAACCUGCUAUGAAAUCUUCUGAAGAAGUUAAGACAGUACAGGCCGAGAAGAAAGAUCAGGAUGGAGUAAUUCCAAUUUGCAAAGUCAAAGAUAAUUUGACAAACAUGAUUCAACCUAUUCCAUUAUUUGACAUCAUUCCUGAAGCUAACGCAGAUGCUACAAGUAUUUUCAGCAUGCUAGAUUAG